AUGGGAAAUGGCAACUUGAAUGCCAGUGGGGCCAAAUUUACGAAGCCCCAUGCGUUUCCACAUCGGCCUCCAUUACAAGCCCGUGGACCUAAAAUCCAUAUUUACCUCCAGGCUAUAUCCAUCAUUUCGGCACAGGAUUGUGAUCCUUCGGAAAAUGGAGUGCCAUGGGGAACUGCGAAUCCAGCAGGAGAGGCACCUGAUACUGGAGUGACGCGUCAUUACAAUUUUACUAUCUCCCGUGCUUGGAAAUCACCUGAUGGCUACAACAAGAGCGUCAUCUUGGUUAAUGAUCAAUUUCCAGGUCCCAUGAUUGAGGCAAAUUGGGGAGAUAUGAUUGAGGUCACGGUUACCAACAAUAUUGAUAGUCUUGACGAGGGUAUCACAUUACACUGGCAUGGGAUCACUCAGAAGAAAACGCCGUGGCAUGAUGGUGUACCCGGUGUUUCUCAGUGUCCGAUUGCUCCUCAGGGUGGAAGCUUCACGUAUAGAUUUCAAGCAGACCAAUACGGCACAGGUUGGUAUCAUUCGCACUACAGCGCGCAGUAUGACGACGGGCUUUAUGGGCCAAUGGUCAUUUAUGGCCCGCUGCAGUCCGAAAUAAGCUACGACUACGAUUUGGGCCCUGUUAUGAUCUCCGAUUACUAUCAUAUCAGCUACUAUGAGCUACUUGAGUUGAGCUUCUCAAAACCACCACAGUCCGCAGGGGUUGAUAAUAAUUUGAUCAACGGCAAGGGGUCUUAUGAUUGCAAUGCAACUAGUACACCCGGAGACUGUUUGCCCGGAGCAGGGCGAGCAAAGUUCCAAUUUCAUUCCGGGAAGCUUCAUCGGUUGCGACUUAUCAAUACUGGAUCUCUUGCAAACCAGAAGUUCAGCAUCGAUGGCCACAACAUGACAGUCAUCGCGAAUGAUUACGUCCCAGUGAAACCAUACGAAACCAAUGUGGUCACCUUAGGUGCUGGCCAAAGAACAGAUAUUAUCGUCAACGCGACUGGUUCAGCCACCGACAUGGUCUGGAUGCGAUCCGACAUUGACAUGGUAUGCUUGGAAGAUACGGCGACUUUUCCGACAGCGCUUGCAGCAAUCCACUAUGAGUCGGCAAAUACCAGAGCCACCCCCAAAACGAUCGGAACGACGUGGGAGAGCAAUAAUUGUCGCAAUGAUCCGCUCAAUCAAACAGUGCCUUAUUACCCAUUAAAGCCUCCUACCGCCGAAACUGAGCAGACCGUCACAAUUUCUGCGGGCUACAAUGCCACGGGAUUUGUGGUCAUGUUCAUGGACGGGUCAUCAUUUCGCUCAGACUACAAUGAUCCAGUUCUGCUCGAUGCCAAAGUAGGGAAUCUCUCUUUCCCUGAAGAACGGAAUGUUUACAAUUUUGGUACCAACUCUAGUGUGCGGAUGAUCUUUAAUAACACAUAUGCAACUGCUCAUCCUAUGCACCUUCACGGUCAUAACUUUUGGGUACUUGCCGAGGGCAUGGGCGAAUGGGACGGUCAAGUCGUCAAUCCCUCAAAUCCACUUCGUAGGGACACGCAUAUCUUGCAGCCUGGCUCAACGGAUGAACCAUCGUACCUAGUGCUGGAGUGGAAACAGGACAACCCAGGUAUUUGGCCAUUGCAUUGUCAUAUGUCCAUUCACUCAAGCGCAGGAAUGGUCAUAUUGGUUUUGGUGAGUAAAAUAUCCCCGUGUCCUCCGUAG